UCACCUCCUCCACUUGGCCCGCAUGGCCAAGGCUGCAUGCGCUUCCCUUCUGCCGCCGCUGAAAAGUACCGCUGCUUUAGAAGAAUGUAUUCGGAACCGCUCGGAUUUAAGCGGAGCGCACGGGGCGUCGCUGCCAGUUGGUGACUGACCGCAGACCACCGCUCACUGCAUGGUGCGCUUUUUAGCGGAGAGGAUGAACGUGCACGAGGGAGGACGCUGCUGGCGAUAAAAGCAGCGCCUCGGUGGUCAACUUGAAAGUGUAGACAUUUGAAAGUGACAAAGGUGAAGACGGAGAUAAAUCGAUCGCCCUUUUUUCCGCUUGAGGAGAAGGAAUUCAUGCGCCGCUAGUUGAUAUGCCAGAAUGGGUCCGUUACAGUAUUUGUUUCUCUAUGGACUUGUACACGCCAAAAUGAGCCACGGCUCUCGUCUUCGGCAGGAAGACUCUCCUCCCCGCAUUGUGGAGCACCCUUCUGACCUGAUUGUGUCCAAGGGGGAACCGGCCACUCUCAAUUGUAAGGCCGAGGGCCGUCCUGCCCCUACGGUGGAAUGGUACAAGGACGGCGAGCGUGUCGAGACGGACCGCGAGAAUCCUCGCUCGCACCGCAUGCUGUUGCCCAGGGGCUCCCUUUUCUUCUUACGCAUCGUCCACGGGCGACGGAGCAAGCCGGACGACGGCAACUACGUGUGCGUGGCCCGCAACUAUCUCGGGGAGGCCGUGAGCCGAAACGCAUCUCUGGAAGUAGCGCUGUUACGAGAUGACUUCAGACAGAACCCGCAGGAUGCGGUGGUGGCUGUCGGAGAGACGGCCACCUUAGAGUGUCAGCCUCCGCGUGGGCAUCCGGAGCCUACCACCUCCUGGAGAAAAGAUAAGGCCCGUCUUGAUCUCAAAGAUGAAAGGAUCUCGGUUCGUGGAGGAAAACUGACCAUCUCCAACACACAAAAGAGCGACAUCGGGAUUUAUGUGUGUGUCGCUACCAACAUGGUCGGGGAGAGAGAGAGUGAAAAGGCUCAACUCUCUGUGUUUGAGAGACCGGUGUUUGUGCAACGGCCUGUGAACCAGGUGGUUUUAGUGGACGAGAGCGUGGAGUUCAGGUGUCAGGUCCAAGGCGACCCGCCUCCCGCGUUGCGCUGGAAAAAGGAAGACGCGGAUAUUCCCCGUGGCAGGUAUGACAUCCGAUAUGAAAAAGAGGAUCUUUUGCUGAGGAUCAAGAAAGCCAGCGUGAGUGAUCAGGGGACCUUCACCUGUUUAGCAGAGAACCGUAUGGGCAAAGUGGAAGCCUCCGCUUACUUGACCAUCAGAGUUCGCCCUGUCGAGGCGCCCCAGUUCGUGGUGCGACCCCGGGACCAGAUUGUGGCGCAAGGACGAACGGCGACCUUUCCCUGUGAGACCAGAGGCAAACCUCAACCCACCGUGUUCUGGCAACGAGACGGCAGCCAGGAUCUUUUGUUUCCCAACCAGUCAACACAGGGCGACAGCCGUGUGUCGGUGUCGCCCAACGGAGAAUUGACCAUUUCAUCAGUGCGGCGUUCAGACGCGGGUUAUUAUAUAUGCCAGGCCCUCACAGUUGCAGGCAGUAUCUUGGCCAAAGCCCAGCUGGAGGUGGCAGACGCCCUGAAGGACCGACCGCCGCCAAUCAUCCGUCAGGGCCCCUUCAACCAAACCCAGCCUUUAGGGAGCGUGACGGUACUCAGGUGUCAAGCUUCAGGGGACCCGCAGCCCACAAUCACCUGGCGGAAGAACGGCGUCGGUCCGCUGGGAAAAGAAUCGCGCUUUUCCUUGCUGGAACAUGGCAGCCUUCAAAUAGAGAAUGCCAAGUUAUCUGAUUCCGGAUUGUACACGUGUGUGGCGACCAGCUCUAGUGGAGAAACAUCAUGGAGCGCAUUCUUGGAUAUCACCGAUUCCACUGACCCCAUUGACUUCAUGUCUAACAACCUGACAGCCCUCGGGGGGCCGCCCUCCAAGCCAGAGGUCACCGAUGUCACCAAGAGCAGCAUUUCGUUGUCAUGGGAACCUGGGCCGGAGGCUGGCUCCCCAGUGUCCUCCUAUGUCAUUGAGGCCUUUGGCCAGUCCGUGAGUAACAGCUGGCAGACAGUAGCGGACCACGUGAAGACCACAGAGUUCACCGUCAAUGACCUACGACCCAAUACUGUCUACCUGUUCAUCAUCAGGGCAGUCAACGUUCAAGGGCUCGGCGACCCCAGCCCGAUGUCUGAGCCUGUACGGACGCAAGACAUAAGUCCCACUGCCCAGGGAGUGGACCAUCGUCAUGUGCAAAAGGAGUUAGGCGACGUCGUGGUCAGCAUGCAUAACCCUGUCGUUCUCAGUUCCACCUCGGUGCAAGUCACGUGGACUGUGGACAAUCCGUCCCGAUUUAUUCAAGGCUACCGUGUUCUGUACCGGCAGACGUCAGGGCUGCCUUCUCCGGGACCGUGGCAGAUACAGGACUUAAAAGUCUCCUCACAGAGGGACAUGACUCUCAUGAAUCUGAAUAAAGGAAUUGUCUAUGAGAUUAAAGUGCGACCGUACUUUAAUGAGUUCCAAGGCGCAGACAGUGAAUCCAUGACUGCACGGACUAUGGAAGAAGCACCCAGUGCGCCCCCACAGCAAGUGACGGUGUUGACAGUGGGACACAAUAAUAGCACCUCUAUCAGCGUGUCGUGGGACCCUCCGCCCUCCGAUGAACAAAACGGCAUCAUCCAGGAAUACAAGAUCUGGUGUUUGGCUAACGAAACCCAGUUCAAUGUCAAUAAAUCUGUGGACGCGACCAUCCGUUCAGUGGUUGUCGGGGGUCUGCAAGCCGGAGUGCAGUAUCGCGUGGAGGUAGCCGCAAGAACCAGCGCAGGGGUGGGGGUCAAAAGCUCGCCCCAGCUCGUCACCCUGGGCGCAGAACAGAGAGAUGUCAUGACCGGAUCGGAGAGCAACAAUAGCAUCUCCGACGUGGUGAAGCAGCCGGCCUUCAUCGCCGGUUUGGGCGGAGCCUGUUGGAUUGUUCUCAUGGGCUUCAGUGCCUGGUUGUACUGGAGGAGAAAAAAGAGAAAAGGACUCAGCAACUACGCAGUUCAAUCCUUCACUUUUACCCGUGCAGUCACAUUUCAAAGAGACAGAGGACUGAUCAGAAAUGGAAGCCGUCCGGGACUGUUGAAAGCGGGUGACCCCGGCCUACCCUGGCUGGCGGACUCGUGGCCCUCCGCCAGCCUCCCGGCAAACGCGGGAUUGGGGAGCCCCAAAGGCAGCGCUAACUUUGGCCGAGGAGAUGUGUUACCGUCGGCGGCGGUGGAGAAGACGGGAACCAUGCUGUCGGACGGGGCCAUCUACAGCAGUAUCGACUUCAUGGGGAAAGCGGGUUACGGCAGCCCGGUGCAAGAUAGUCAACCCACCCCUUACGCCACCACCCAGAUCCUUCAGUCUAACAGCUUCCACGAGUUGGCGGUAGACAGACCGGAUCCACGCUGGAAGGCUUCUUUGCAAGCCCAGCAGGAAAUAGCCAACCUGGGCUACUCGCUAACCGAUAGACGCCCUAACGCCGGUGCAAAGCUAGGGAAGAAAAAGAAGGUGAAGGGAGGAACAAAGACCCCUAAAUCAAAUGGGACAUGUUGGGCUAACAUGCCCCUGCCUCCACCGCCGAUGCACCCUCUGCCCGGUACUGAGGUUGACCUUGACCAUUACCCCCAGGAAAGCCACAGAGGAGGAUAUGACAACAACAGUUGGGCCCCGCCUCUUUCCUACCGCCAACAAAGUUUGGACAAUGACGUCGUCGAUGAGGACAGGGGACCGACUCCCCCGUUAAGAGGAAGAGCGUCCUCACCGGCAGCGGCUUACAACCAACCUACAUCAUCAUCCCUCAGCUCCGCCCACCAUGAAGAAAUGCAGUCUAUUUUGCAGGCCCAUUUAGACGAGCUGACGAGGGCUUACCAGUACGAAGUAGCCAAGCAAGCAUGGCACUUGAAGAGCAGCUCCAACAACAGUAUCCCUCCGAUGGAAUUCAUGUCUACAACACUAGGCUCAGACUUGGUGGAUGAGGACGAGGAGGACGAAAGAUACGCUAUGGUGUCAAAGAAUGCGUGCGGCUUCGAUUACGCUCCCGGACACGUGACCGAUAAGCUUUCAGGUAAAGGCAGCCAGUUAUGUCGCUCCGACAGUUCCGUGACAGCAGAUGGUGGUCAGCAGAACACACAUAGCCUUAGUCACAAGAGGGUGCAGAUAGGUGGCCUCAAAUCCCAGACAAACAAGGUUGGGACGCUGCCCAGGCGAAAAGAUACCAACGCAGAAGGCAAGGGCCAUCACGGCACGGGUUCCCGCCUGAACAGCUCAUGGGCGAGCGCGGCCUCCGAUCCCUCGGAAGAGUGCAUGGUGAGCGUUUCGACGCUAGAGCGACAACACAUGGCUUCCUGGGGGAAUACAUCGACGUCCAGUCGAUCUUCUCACAAGAAAGCGGAAACCUCCCACAACGGCCAUCUUCUCACAAACAGCAAAGAGAAAAGGGAUCACUAGUCUUUUGGCUGCAUGUCCCACGCCAGGACACACCUUCUUUCUAAGUGCUGAGCGAUGGUCUCUCUAUGAGUGACGCAGAAUGACAAUUGGAAGCUUGAGAAGAGACUGAAUCAAGUGGAAGGAACAUGCAAACAAAAACAAACGGCGUGUACAGGACACCGGUCUCUCUCACAGUGUUCCCUUCUCUCCCCCUCACUUUUAUUAUCUAUCACUUGGUGUACAGCAAUUCACACUGAAGAAAAGUCACAACGAAGUGACCCAUUAAAACGAAAAAAGGACUUGCAUCAUUUGUAAAUAGAUUUUCUAUGUAUGGUUUUCUUUUGCUUUGCUAUGCAAGCUACCUUAAUAUUGUGUCUUUUGUUAUUUAUUACAGUGACUUGUUUUUUUUCUCAUUGGCGCGCCGACCAUUUGCUUAUCUUGAUGAAGCUACUGUAUUGUUGUACUUUGCACAGAGUGUUUUGUUGAAAUAAGCACAAAUUGUCAGCAGAGCCGAAAGAGGAGAAUCACCAGAGGAAUGGGAACAAUGUGUGGCGUUUGUUUCAAAAACAUCCAAUUUGCUGCAUUCUGAAAGGAGCGAUGCAGGUGACAAAGUGUUUGUAAUAGCCAGGAAACUGUACUAUUUGCUGUGAAUUUUAUGAUGCGUUAUACUAACAAUGACUCUUUGCAAAAAGUCUGGACCGUAGUGCGCGCUGCAUAGGAAACCGAUGCCUUCAAGAGAGCGCGCUGGCCACCAGAACUGCUAGCUUGAGCUUUUAGCCUAGCGGUUAGCGCGCUCUUCAGGGGGUGCCGUGAGACGCGGGUUCGAGUCCUGACCUGCAAGAGGGGACGGAUCACGUCGUGCGCCGCAGGUUCUGUGCAAAAAAACUUUAAACGUGUCUUGGGCUGCAGCUAUCGAUUAUUUUAGUAGUCGAUUAAUCGAUAAACUAGUUUGUUCGAAUAAUCGAGUAAUCGGAUAAGGAACAUGAAAAAUUAUAAUACCUGAGCUGAGCCCCAAACGGUAUAAAAAAAUAAAUAAAUGAGGAUCUAUGUACAGCAAAAGAACAAUUGGCUAAUUUACAUAGCAAACGUCUGUUAGCUUAAAUGCUAUAAAAUGCUAUUUACAAAUGGUUCAGAUACAUAUUCCCACCCCAAAAAAACAAACAAAAAAAAACGGCUAAAUACUUUAUUGGCCCGAAUAUAAGACGUUUUUUUGCAUUGAAAUAAGACUGAAAAAGUGGGAGUCGUCUUAUAUUCGGGGUCUAGACAUGAUACCCAUUCAUGACGCUAGAUGGCGCCAGAUGUCAUUGAAGCGAAUGCUGAACUUGAGGAGUAAUGUUCUUUCAUGACAGAUCUCAGCUACUCUCAAGUUUAACCAGUUUGCAUUAUUUUAUUGCAGUGUUUUUCUUAUUCAGAUUUGUUUCAAGACUACAGUUACAGUUAGACCUCACUUUGAUGGUUAAUGCAGUUAUUGCAAUUUUGUUGUUUUAUCACAAUGGAUUGGUUUAUAUAAAUUUCAAAAAUCAGAAGCCAUUUAUUUACGAACGUGAUUGCACUUUAGUUGACAUAUUUAAAGGUUCAGAUAUUAAGAUUUGAAUGAGGCAAAAUAACAUGCUUUUUCUCUCAAAUAUAUGUUAUAAUCAUUUGUUUCAGAUGUACUGUAAUUAUUUUCUGUAUAAAAAUGAAUUUGGUGUUCAAAAAGUCUUUUUUCAAACUUGUCUUGAAAAAUGGGGGUCGUCUUAUAAUCAGGGCCGUCUUAUAUUCGGGCCAAUACGGUAUACCUAUAAACUAAAUUACGAAUUCAUUAAAAAAAAAAAAAAAAAAACGCUUAUGUUGGUCUUAAAAGGGAGCAGCUGGAUUCAGACAUGUGAAAUGAGGCAGACGAGAGGGCAGCGUAUCCACCCAAAUCAAUAAAACUGAAUGCAAACACUUUCAAAAGAAACCAUUACAACGCCACUUUAAUUAAACAAAUACUCGAUGCAGCAAAAUUUAAUUUGAAUCUUUUUUUUCUAAUCGAAUACUCGAAUUAAUCGAUUCAUCGUUGCAGCACUACACGUGUCUAUGGUAACAAAGCCAAACAACAUCCAAAGCAAAGAGUCACUUCACUACUAUUGCUUUAAAAUACUAUAUACAGUAUAUAUAUUUAUUACUUUGUUCAUUUUCAAAUGACAACAGUGCAAUAUCACCUUAAUUUUACACAAUCUUGCAAAUAUGUUUGAAAUACUUUGUUCGUUAGUCAAAACUGCAUCAUGAAAGAUGCGUCUUUGAACAUUGUUGGCACCAAUGAAAAGGAAAACACUUGGAUUUGGAAAUUGUAUUGAUAGUCGUCUCAUUGGCUGCCACGGAAACAUUUUUGCUUCUUCUGGUGACGGUUUCCCCAUCAAAAGCACUCUUCACCUGCCAGACUGGUUUGCCCUCAGGAAUACACAUUCGCAUACAGUAGGGCCAAUUUUUAAUCCUUUGAUUCAAAAUAAAAUGUGUAUGUGAAAAGCAGCAAUGUUUCCUUCCUUUUAUGCCGUUGUCUUAAAUUGCCUGGAUUAACUGCAUAUGUAUGUGUGUCACCAGUUUGUAUUUAGUCAAUCUAGAGCAGUGGUUCUUAACUUAGGUUUGAUCGAACCCCUGGGGUUCAGUGAAUGUAAAGAAAUCUAGAGCCCUAUUUCCCUACACUGAUUAAAUCUAGCAAAAUGGCUUUUUAGACCAGGUCAGACUUCAUAAUGUAUUGAUGGUACACGGGGCACAGGGCCGAUAAAUAGGGGGCUGCAUUGUUGUCAAGGCCGUCAAAGCUGACCGAGUGGAAUCAGUUUUUUUUUUGGUCGAAAUUCAUGUGAAGAAAUGCUUAAAAUACCUGAAUUCCUUAUAGAUAUUGACGUAAAAGAGACUCGAUUCUUGGUUAAAAGCAAAAAACAAACAAACGUGUAGUUAGCAUUUAUUUUACGUAAAUAUGUCAAAGUACAAUGCUAGUCUGUUAGUAAAUGUAGCUAGCCGACGCCUUAUGUAAAUAGAGCUUUUCCGGUGAAAAUUCUUGUGAAUAAAUGCUUAAAUCCCUGAAUUCUUUAUACAUGUGGAUGUAAAACUCAAUUUUUGGUUAAAAGCACACACAGACAAAAAAAAACAUUCAAUUAGCUUUUAUUUUAUGUAAAUAUGUCGAAAUACAAUGCUAGUCUGUUAGUGAAUGUAGCUAGCGGCCACCUUAUAUGUAAACAGAGCUUUUCUGGUGUAAAUUCUUGUGAAUAAAUGCUUAAAUCCCUGAAUUCUUUAUAGAUAUGGACGUAAAACAUUCUCGAUUCUUGGUUAAAAGGGAAAAAAAAAAACAUGCUGUUAGCAUUUAUCGUACGUAACUAUGUCGAAGAAUGAUGCUAGUUUCUUAGUGCUUUGUUGUGAUAAGGAGGCUGCCACUAUGGCUUUUUACGUUGAAAAUUCUUUUGAAUAAAUACUUAAAUCCCUGAAUUCUAUAUAGAUGUGCAUGUGGAAGAGUCUUGAUUCUUGGUUAAAAGCAAAAAAAAAAAAAAAAAAAAAAAAACGUGCAGAUAGCAUUUAUGUGAUGUAAAUAUUGCAAACUAUGAGGCUAGUCUGUAAGGAAAUUAGAAGCCACCAUAUGUAAACGAAGAGCUUUUUCCGUUGAAAAUUCUUGUGAAUAAAUGCUUAAAUCCCUGAAUUCUUUAAAAAUAUGGAUUUAAGAGUCGCGAUUCUUGGUUAAAAGCCCCAAAAAAAAAAAAACGUGCAGUAAGCAUUUAUUUCAAGUAAAUAUUGUGACACACAGUGUAUCACAAAAGUGAGUACACCCCAAUACCAAUACUUUUGGCCAGCACUGUAUAUAUUGGUUUUGAAUUUGAAAAAAAAAAAAAGCUUUAUUAUUUAAUUCUGGAGGGUUUGGUGAAUCCACACGUGAAACUUGUGGGCUUCGGUACCUAUAGCAAGGUUAAGAACCAAUGACCGCCGUCUGGCUUGACUUUAUUGAUCUAUUCUUAUGUCAUUUCUCUAAAAGCGGCUUAUGAAAUAUUCAUCCACCAGCCGGACGAAUGAAAGUAACAUUUAAAAUGUAUCCUCGCUUUGUAAAAGGCAUCACCAUGAAUGUGAUUUUGCAGCCGCUGCAAUCUCUUUGGGUGACAUGAAAUGCUCAUUGGCCGCCGUUGACGGGAAUCGGCCUCUCCCACUUCAAAUGGAUUGGACUGCCAAGAGGAACCUCAAAUAUUCGUGCAUGUGUUGUUGAAUUUAUUGAUGCCAAAAUACAGUGCAAUUCUUAGUAUUGCUAGUUGAGAUGGUGUGAUGCAAACAAAAUGAGAGUGAAGACCUACUGUUGAGGGCAAGCUAAAGGCCACGCUCUCCUGGCUUCUUGCUCCCUCAGUGACCAAUUUAGUUUCAUCCUCUCCGCUCUGAUAAGUCCGCCUAUCGCUUUUGUCUUGGAAGUGGGUACUCACUGCUUGACUUAAGUUUAGUUGGGUUCGAACAGCAUCAUUAACAUAAAAAUGUGCACCAAAACAUGGCUUAAUUAGAUUUUGGACCUCAUUCAAAUGUUUGAUUGUGAUCAUUAAGAAUAUUUCAAGUUACAAUGUGUCGUGCCAACUUUUCUUUUUUGAAAUACAAAUGUGCUCGUGACAAUAUUGCCAUGCUGCAAGUUUUCUUGGCAUCAAAGCCGUUUCCCCGUCGUCAGUGAUAGAC